GAAAUGAGGUUUGUUAACCUGUCAACUACAAACUCUUGUCAGAACUGUUUACAGUGGUAGCCCUCUGCCCUUGGAAAUACUUCCAGAGAGGCUUUUUAAAAACCUUAGGUGGCUGAUUUGUUUUGGAAUCCGUGUGUGUGUGUGUGUGUGUGUGUGUGUGUGAGAACAGUUUGAGAUGUAGUGUCAACAUACUUGAUGUAUGCAAUAGGAAAAGCAUAAGUUUGAUUCAGUCAUGGGUAAGAGCAUGUUUUAUGCUAUUGGACACUGAGAAGAGAUGAGAGAGUGUCUUGGGACUAUCGCCUUUGGCUACUUUGUGGUUUCUUUCUUCCACCCUUCUCCACCCCUUUCUGCCACACUUUCCACCCCCUAGAUAAGAGAGAGGAAAGAGAUCCCUGAAUAAAGUCAGGGGUGGGAAAGGGGCAACUCUAUCGUUAGACUACUUCCUGCUGAUUAGGGGUGUCCUUGGGGCAAGUUUGAUCUUCGCUGUCAGGAUAUGUAAUUUUUUCUUCUUGUUUCUUCUUUGUGCCCGACUACUUAACAACAACAAAGGACCAUCAACCCACACUGCCUCCUUUGGCUCUAGCAUUUAUAUACUGUCAGGAAACUCCACAGAAUUCCAACUAACACACAAUCACAGAAACUCUGCAGCUGGGAAAUCCUGGUCAGUGGCUGUGGACAGUCUGAAGCAGCCCGGUGUCCCACACCUGUGUGGACAGUCUGAAGCAGCCCGGUGUCCCACACCUGUGUGGACAGCCUGAAGCAGCCCCGUGUCCCACACCUGUGUGGACAGUCUGAAGCAGCCCCGUGUCCCACACCUGGGAUUCAAGUGAAAACGUAGUCUUAAAAUACUUUUGUGUUUCUUACAGAAACCAAAACUCCAAAAUUGUCAUUAUAGACUUGAUAAGUAGCGCUCGACUACCAUUUGUUAACUGUUCUGCCGUUGCUCAUAGAUCUCGGCCUUUCAUUUGGUGGUCAUGUGUGGAAGACUUUCACUUAACAGCCAUUCCUAUCAAAUGACUUCUAAGGCAGGCCCGACACCGCCAGUUUGCUUCUGAGUCACCUGCAUUACAAACUAAAUUGUGUGCUUGUGUGAACUCAUGUAGAAAAAGAAAAUACCCCCAAGACAUUUCCCUCCGUGUGUGGAAGAUCAAACCGAGGGUCUUCCAAACAUCAGGCUAAGUGCGCCUGCCUCCAGAGUGGAUUUAGGAUCCAACACUCCAUGGUUGUAUGAUUGACCUUCUAGUUGAUAGGAUUCUAGGAGUCUUUCUGUCGGUGCUCAGUCUGUUGGGUGACGUGCUUUGGAAAUUCUGUGGACUUUUUACGGGGAGAGGGAGAAGCUGCUGCUUACAGUAAAGGGAUUGUUACAGGGAAACAAGGCAGGAGAGAAAAUGAGACUGUAGCUGUAGGUGGGCCCCACAACGGUGCACAGGCUUUCAGGAUUUUUAUUGUUUUGUUUCUUCUUAAAUAUUUAUUUUUAAAAAUGUGUGUGUGCUUGCAUGUGUUCGUGUAUGCUCUGAGUAUAGGUGCACACAAAGGCCAGAGGGUCAGAUCCCUGGAGAGAGAGUUAGGGGCGGUUGUGAGCCGUUUUAUGUGGGUUUGGGAACUGAGUGUGGGUUUGCUGUCUUCACUGAGCCAUUUAUUUCUACAGCCUUUCUUUUUUAGUGUGGCUUUUAACUUUAUGGUAAAAUUUCUGAUUAUUCCCCAAAAUAAAAUUGUGACACUUUUUCCUAGAUAACUAACCUUUCUACAGCUGGAACUGGGCAGCUCCCUAGGGUGACUGAACACCAGCCAGGGUGAUACUGCUGGAGUAGAAGACACUUUAACUGUGAGGCACACUGACAGCUCUUGUUUGUGCUCAGUUUCGACAUAGGUUUGAUGUACAAAUGGGAACAAAGCUUUUUCAAGUAAGCUCUCAAAAGCCAGAAAUAUUAGGUGCAGAAGUAGGAAUAACUUUUUAAAAUGUUCAUUUAAUGACUUUAUAAGGAGGGUUUUCUCUGGGCAAAGAACAGAGGAACAAUUUUUAUUCCUUUUCCUUCUCAAGGGCGGUAGCAUUCUGAUUUUGUAGCCAUUUGAGGGUUUUAGAUCCCAGGUGUGUUGCUUCAGAGAAGUCGGUCACUUUAUUUACGUUUUAACCUUAAGGAAAAUAGAUUUGGCCACAGAGUAGUUAAACUUCAUUUCACAAUGAAUUCAUUUCUGAAGUUUUGUUUCAUCUCCUAUUCUCUUUUGCCACCGAGAUAGGAACCUGAACGCUGGGUGACAGGUCCUAUUUGUUACUUAACAAAAUACUUUAAAACCCCUGCAUUUUAUUUCUUAAAGCUCGCUCUUCUGGGGAGGGAGUUCAGUGCUGUUCCCACUGGAGGGCGAGUGUGCUGUCUCUCCAGUUACUGAAGCUUCUCAGUACUUGCUCCAUUUCUCACCAGGUUUAGAGGAGGUGAGGGCCAUUCGGUGGAUUGCCACAUAUGAUUGAUUAGAUAUGGCUGACUGCUGUGGGAGUGAAGUCAGUGGGCUGGGCUUUCUUGUUUGCUUUCCGUGUCGCGCUUAAGAUUGACCCAUGCCCUUGCCUGCAGAGCCAACCACAGAGCUGUAGUAGCCAUACUUCCCUUGAAAUGAAAAGUAGGCAGGCCAAGGUGGGGUCUGUGCAAAGAGAAGGCAGUGAAGUAGGCGGCCCUGCCUGUUAGGGGCUGUGAGGGUGGCAGGGUUCUCAAGUAGCUGUUUAGCAGUUUUCACACGAUGGUUACAUUGUCUAUCUCUCUGUUUGUGUAUGCACACAUCAGAUAGGAUUUUGUAGUAAAUUACUGAUUUUUCACCACCCUGGGAUAAAUGGCUAUACAAUAGUCGAUUUUAUGGGCAUAUGACAUUUAAGUCAUGAAAGACUAACAAUCUGCCACUUUCCCAGUAAGAUAAUAUGCACCUUUAACUAACUUGUCCAUGGUUUCCUGGCCAGUACAAGUAGAAUAAAGGGGAUCUACUUUCUAACUUUAGUUUAAUGGAAAUUAUUUCAUAGAACUGCAUCUCUGUGACUGAAGCUAGUGUAAUCAGUUAGUGGCUGCCCAGAUAGCUUACUGUCAGAACUCUAGGUGCACAGACACUCCUGGUGAGAGGUGCUUAGCUGUCUAGGAUCUCUAGUUUUGUUUUUUGUUUUUGUUUUUGUUUUUUCUCAAACUUUCCUAUUGGGAGCACCAUCUUUAACUGUAGAGAGGGAUGGUGAUGUAGAGGAGAGGCGUGACUGUGACUGAAGCUACCCUCUCUGUAUUCAUCAGCUCCUUAUAAGGCCUUAGUGGGAAGCACAUGAUAGAGGCUGCUUUUUACUUUAAAAAAAUUAACCUUUUUUUUUUUGUUGUUGUUUGUUUGUUUGUUUUUGCGGCAGUGUUUCUCUGUAUAGUUUUGGCUGUCCUGGAACUCACUCUGUAGACCAUGCUGGCCCCGAACUCAGAAAUCCGCCUGCCUCUGCCUCCCAAGUGCGCCACCAGGCCUGGCUUUUUUUUUUUUUUUUUUUUUUUUUUAAAUACACUCUAGAUUUCAUUCCCUUCCCAGUCCACUCUGACUGUUCCCCAUCCCCCUACCUCCAGCCCCACCAGACCUCUAAACUCCCUGGGGCUUCCAGUCUCUUGAGGGUUAGGUGCAUCUUCUUUGAACCCAGACCUGGCAGUCCUCUGCUGUAUGUGUGUUGGGGGCCUCAUGUCAUCUGGUGUAUGCUGCCUGGUUAGUGGUCCAGUGUCUGGGAGAUUUUGGGGAUCCAGGUUAAUUGACACUGCUGGUCCUCUUACAGGGUCACCCUCCUCCUCAGCUUUUUCCAGCUUUCCCCUAUUUAACCACAGGGCUCAGCAGCUUCUGUCCAUUGGUUGGGUACAAAUAUCUGUAUCUGACUCAGCUGCUUGUUGGGUCUUUCAGAGUCAUGAUAGAUCCCCUGUUUGUGAGUGCUCCAUAGCCUCAGUAAUAGUGUUUGGCCUUGGGGCCUCCCCGUGAGCUGGGUCCCACUUUGGGCCUGUUACUGGACCUUUUCCUCAGGCUCCUCUCCAUUUUCCAUGUUUGUUAGUUUUUAAGACUUAUUUGAGUGUGUCUUAGUUUGCUUCUAUUGUUGUAUUAAUAUACAGAUCAAAAACAAUUGGGGGAGGAAAGGGUUUGUCUGGCUUACAUGUCCUGUUCACAGUUCAUCAUUGAGGGAAGCCAAGGCAGGAACUCCAGGAGAGAGACCAUGGAGGAAGACAGCCUACGGCCUUGCUCUCCCUGCCUUUCUCAGCCUGGUUUUUUAUACCACCCAGGAUCACUGUCCAGGGAUGGCACCACCUCUAGUGGGCUGUGCCCUCCCACGUCAAUCACUAAUCAAGAAAAUCCCCACAGACACACCUACAGGCAAUAUGGUGGAGACAUUUUCUGUAGCUUGUGUCAGGUGCCAAAAUAUGUAGCAGUGAGUGUGCCUACCUGCUAGAGCACCACGUGCAUGCAGUUAGUGCUUCUCUCCGUUUGUAGGGUCAGGAUUGAACUCAAGGACUUUAGGCUUGGUGGUGGCCACUCUUACUCCAGGCAUCUCCCAGUUUUAGUGUGGGUUUUAUUAGGCUUUGAAGAUUGUGUGGGUCUUAGUGAAAUGUAAGACAUAUAUAUAUACCUUAGUAAGCAGCGUGUUGUUUCUUUUACAAAACAAUUUAAGCUUUCUAGAAAUUUAUAGCAUUCUUGAAAUUCUAAUUUCUAAGAAUUUUCAAUCUAAAGAGGUGUAAAAGUAACUGGAAUCUACUGGAAAAAUCCAGAGGUGUUAAACAUGUUUAAUAAGAAAGGAAUAUGAGCUAUUUUUCUGUAGUUAAGAGAAACAAAGAUUUGAUCCUAAUGCUGGGGUGGCGGAGGAGGGGGCGCACACCUAGAAUCCCAGCACUAGGGAGGUAGAGGCAGGUGGAUCUUGUUGGAGUUGGAGGCCAGCCUGGUUUACAAAUUGAGUUCCAGGAGAGCCGGGGCUAUAGAGAGAGCCUGUCUUGGACUCCCUCCUUCCCCCAAAUUAGCCUUAAAUGGCUGAAUAACUUCUGGAGAAACUUGGUCGUCCAAAAUGUGGCUCCCAACCCUGGAGCUGUUGUUCCCCUUGUUUUUGUGCAGGUUGCAUUAUUUACCACAGGGAAGGAAUCCUCACAUGGACCCUACCAUUGUCUUCAUAGGGAACAGAGGGAGAGUACAGUAGGAAACAGUUUUCAGCUUUGUUUUCUUUUGAGACAGGGUCUCUCUGUGUAGCCCUGGCUGUCCUGGAACUCUGUAGACCAGGCUGGCUUCCAAUGCACAGAAAAUCCACUUGCCUCUGCCUCCCGAGUGCUGGAAUUAAAGGGUGCCACCCCGCCAGCUAAGGCAAAACUGACUUUUGAAAUGCUUUGUGUUUUUCAGAUUAAUUACAUUUUAUCUAGUGUGAAGCAUAGUUAUGUUUUUUUUUGGGGGGGGGUUCUCUUUAGCCAAUUUCAUACCAGACAUUUGCCUGUGCUGAGACAAAGCUGAGUUUUGAGUAUGUUCUGUUUUGAACUGCUGCUGUUUUAGUUGUCUGAGGUACAGAGAGAUAGGGCAAAAUAGAAUUUUGUGUCUUAAAUUUCCUUAAGAUCUGUCCUGUUAACUCUGCUUUGUGAUUGAUUCCCUUGCUAGAUGGUUAUCACAGACUGGUUACCCUUUAACCGCCGGCCACAAAGUUACUUUUUGGGCCAGGAAGGGUACUGUUAUCUAAGUCAGGGAACCCUUUUUUGGUUUUUGAUUUAUUCCUCCUGACUGUUAUAAAACUUUGUUGUCACUGUGCCAGUAUUAAUUUUGGGAGUUCUUAGGGUAGCAUAUUCCUGACAAGGGGCAGGACUAAUGAGGAAAUCAUAUGCCAUUUAGUAAACACUUAAGAAAAUAUAGUACUCCUUACAAAAACACGGAAUGAUUGUAAUGUUAGCCCAGUGGCUAGGCCAAAGAAGGGCCUUGACAUGGCUUGGCCGUUUUCACUGUCACCUUGGCAUUGGGCUUCUGGCCGCAUAGCAAGCUCUUCUGAUGCCUUGUAUCUGAUCUCCCGUUUUUUAGAUCCUUUCUUUACAGUUCUUACCCAUCACCUCCAGUUUCUCUCAGCAGAGUGUGCUGAUCUUGUCAGUCCUCUGCUCCAGGAUGUUUCAUGGCUUUCCUUAGGGAGGGAUUCUGCCCUGAAUUCUUAGCCUACAGUUUUAAAGUUAGCCAUCACUGACCUCUUUGGGGACAGAGAUGUUCUUAUUUCUAGGAUGUCUUCAUUGACAACCUGAUUUUAAGUACAAAAUAGUGCUACCACCAGGUCCAGAAGCUUAAUUUAAGUGGUUUUUUAAAAAAUUUUAAAAUGCAUCUGAUACUCAAGUAUAUUGUUUAAAGAACUGAUCAUGGCAGUUUUGGAAAAAAUAAUUUGCAUCUACACAUAAUAUAUUUUACAUUACAUUUUUCCCUCAUCUAGUUCCAUAAAAUGCAUAAAAGGAUUUUAUGCCAUAGUGUUCUUUAAGUGGGAACAGCAAAAAUGGUACGGCAUCACUGCUGGUUGCUAUGGAAACAGGAUAGAUUUCAAGUGGAAGAUAAUAUGUGAAUCUUACAGGAAAACAACUCUUUGUUUUCUGGUUUGAGUAUAAUGAAGAAGGAGAUAAACUGUUAGAUACUCUCCAGAUCAUUUUUAAGGUUCUUAGGGUAACAUAUUCCUGACAAAGGGGCAGGACUAAUGGGGAAAAGUAUAUGGUAAUUGACACUGUUAAUAAAUCCUUUUCUGGAGUCAGAAUCCUCCUGCUACUCCGGUUAUUUACAUUAUACUUUAGUUUUGUAGAGAAAAAUUUAACUUUAUAAAUUCCAACUGGUAUUUUUAUUUUAGGAGCAAAUUAUGAAUUAAACUGUUUUCCAUUGCCUGAUUGGCAGAUACUGCUUUCCUCCUUCAAUAAAACAUUUCAUUGAAGUUCAGGUCUCUGUCUUUGUCAGUGUUCCUGUGUUCAACUGUAUCAGUCUGGGAGGCAGGUCCCAGUACUGCUGUGAACCUCACUUAAGAGCCUGCUGAUCACUCCGGAGCAGUUGUUUUCAGUCCUGCUAUAGAACAUGGUGAGGAUUAUGAAGAUGAUGACCUAGUAAACUCAGAUGAGGUUAUGAAGAAACCAUGCCCAGUACAGAUUGUUCUCGCCCAUGAAGAUGACCAUAACUUUGAGCUUGAUGAAGAGGCUUUGGAGCAGAUCCUGCUGCAGGAGCACAUACGGGAUCUUAACAUAGUCGUGGUGUCUGUGGCAGGAGCUUUCCGUAAAGGGAAAUCAUUUCUCCUGGACUUCAUGCUUAGAUAUAUGUAUAACAAGGAUUCUCAAAGCUGGAUUGGUGGAAACAAUGAACCCUUGACUGGCUUUACGUGGCGAGGUGGUUGCGAAAGAGAAACAACAGGCAUACAAGUUUGGAAUGAAGUGUUUGUGAUUGACAGACCUAAUGGAACAAAAGUGGCUGUGCUGCUAAUGGAUACCCAGGGUGCCUUUGAUAGCCAGUCAACCAUUAAAGACUGUGCGACAGUGUUUGCUCUGAGCACUAUGACCAGCUCUGUGCAGGUAUAUAAUUUGUCUCAGAAUAUUCAAGAAGAUGAUCUUCAACAUCUACAGUUAUUUACAGAGUAUGGAAGACUUGCAAUGGAAGAGAUCUACCAGAAGCCAUUUCAGACGCUAAUGUUUUUGAUUCGAGAUUGGAGUUAUCCUUAUGAGCACUCAUAUGGCUUGGAAGGUGGGAAGCAGUUCCUUGAGAAGAGAUUACAGGUGAAGCAGAACCAGCACGAGGAGCUGCAGAACGUCAGGAAGCACAUCCACAACUGCUUCUCAAACCUGGGCUGCUUCCUCCUCCCGCACCCCGGCCUCAAAGUCGCCACCAACCCUAGCUUUGAUGGACGACUGAAAGAUAUCGAUGAAGACUUUAAACGGGAGCUUCGAAAUCUGGUUCCAUUGCUGCUUGCUCCUGAAAAUCUUGUUGAGAAAGAGAUAAGUGGAUCGAAAGUCACUUGUAGAGAUCUUGUAGAGUAUUUUAAGGCAUACAUUAAAAUAUAUCAAGGAGAGGAACUACCACACCCAAAGUCUAUGCUUCAGGCAACAGCUGAGGCUAAUAACCUGGCAGCAGUAGCAGGAGCAAGAGAUGUCUAUUGUAAAAGUAUGGAGCAGGUAUGCGGUGGUGAUAAGCCGUACAUUGCACCUUCAGAUUUGGAGCGAAAACACCUGGAUCUCAAGGAAGUGGCGCUCAAACAGUUUCGUUCUGUGAAAAAAAUGGGUGGAGAUGAAUUCUGCCGCCGUUAUCAGGACCAGCUUGAAGCUGAAAUCGAAGAAACCUAUGCAAAUUUUAUAAAGCACAAUGAUGGCAAAAAUAUCUUCUAUGCUGCUCGCACCCCUGCCACACUGUUUGCAGUCAUGUUUGCUAUGUAUAUCAUCUCAGGACUGACUGGCUUCAUUGGCCUAAACUCUAUAGCUGUCUUAUGCAACCUCGUCAUGGGGCUAGCACUGACGUCCCUUUGUACUUGGGCAUAUGUUAAGUACUCUGGGGAGUUCAGAGAAAUCGGAACAAUGAUUGAUCAGAUUGCUGAAACACUGUGGGAACAGAGGAGUCCCAGGAAGGUGUUUGCCAAACUGUUUGAAGUCAGUAGACGUCGAAGGGUCCACCGUGCUCUCUCGUCAGCACAGCGACAGAGACUGUCAUCCAACAAUAACAAGAAGAGAAAUUAGACAGGAUUUUUAACUUUUUUCUCUAUCUGAAGUGUUCACACUUACACAUGUAGGACAAUAAGCAGGACCGUCUGGGCCGGUCUGCAUAAUGCUGUAUACAUACCAGAUUUGAUGCUGCACAUAGGGUAUGGAUUGCACAUCCGUCUCAUAGGAUUUGUAAAUGGUUUGAGUAAGAGGAAAGUAACUUUCGUUGCAUUAUAAAAUGUCUUAACUGCAUUGUUUGUAGCAUCAUAACUUUUUCUUUCUUUUUCUUUUUUCUUUGUUCUUUUGGGAGAAGCAUCUUUUUAUUUCUCACAUUCCUGAUUAUUUUUGUCAUUAAUUUAAAUUGAAUUUUUUAUAUCUGUUUUUAUAUGUACUCUUUUUUUACCUCAUGCUUUUGUUUGUUUUGCACAUUUCUCAUACCACAGGUAUUGAAGCCCCUGGGUGAUAAUUUGAUGGAGGAAAACAUAAGGCAGUCUGUAACAAACUCUAUCAAAGCAGGCCUGACUGACCAGGUGUCUCAUCAUGCCCGAUUAAAGACAGACUGACAGUUCAUCUGCUCAUGGACUCCACUCUCCCUUGUUCAUGCUUGCUGUACAAUGAGAACUCAGAUAAAAUAAACCAAAGUUUACAAUCAACUGUAGAAGUAGUUUAGUGUAACUGGCUUCACAGAUGGCCGCCACAGAGUGUGAACGUUGUUUGUUGGUUUGCAGCCUUCUUUGCUGUCUCCUUAGACUCGGUGACUGCCUGAGGAGCAUCAGGUUAUCAUGCACACUUGUGCCAUGGUUAAUUCUUUUCUUUCUUUUUACCGAAUUCAAUGUUAGUGAAAUUUGUCUUAUGUAAAAGGAUAUUUCAGGGAAAUAUUUUAAGAAAUCUAUUUAGAGUCUCUUUAAUAUAGUGUCCCAUUGAAAUUUUAAUUUUUAGAGAAUUUAUGAAUCACUGUAUCAAGAAUCAGAUGGGAAUGACAAUGAAGCCUUUACCGAGCCACUACAUUAAAAGUGUAUAUUGCUUUACUGCCUUCAAUUGCCAGUAUUACAUAAAUGCAUGUUUCAGAAACUUCACACAAAUCACAUGAGAACUCUUGUAGCUGAGAAGGUAAUUCUGAGGUGUACAUUUGUCUUGCCUUUUUAAAUUUGUAAACCUGCCCUGAAAGGAGAUGCAUUAUCUGGGAAACUGAACUGUCUUUUUGCAGUUUAGCCUUCAUGUACAUAAAAUAUGCCAUUAAUUUUAUUGGGGGAAAAAUUCCAUCCAAAAAUGUUGCCUACAGCUAUGAGUUAAGAGUGUCUACAGCGUGUAGCUUUCAUUUUCUAAAGAUUACAGGUAGGGCAUGUAUAUGAAUUAUAAAUAUAUAAAUACAAUUUUGUAUUAAAAGUUUUGUAGUUUAUGGCAAAACCUGGUUCUGUGGUAGGCUACUGAGUCCAGUCCUGUGACAGGAGUGUUUGUGGCUCGUGUCACUGUGUGAACGCAUAGACAGUGUGAAGUUUUGAUAUAUUUGUGAUAUUUAUCUUCCCUGAGCACUGCAGUCUCACCCCCAAGAGAAUUCAAUGGGAAUGUUUUAUUGUGACUUGUCCUCUGUUGCAUUUUAAAGUUAUUUCCUGUAAUUUAUUUUCAGUACAUAAUUAAAAAUUUGUUGUAUAUAUAAAACGAAAGUUGUGAUUCUUUUUUAAGGAAUUCUUUCAAGUGUGUAUCUCACCAUAUAACAUUGUUCAUGCUGAAAGAGGGUGGGUCAGGGUGCACCGAGUUAGAGCUCAAGGUAUUGUACUUUAAAGCUGAGCGUGUAAAAAGUUAUUUUUCGUGUCUUUUUAUGUAAGGGAUAUUUUUUGUGAUAAUCUAUCUGGGGAUUUAAUAAUUUUAAUCUUUUCUCCAUCUCUUCCCCCACUCCCAUCGUGUGUGUGUGUGUGUGUGUGUGUGUGUGUGUGAGAGAGAGAGAGAGAGAGAGAGAGAGAGAGAGAGAGAAUGAAUAUGUGUGUGUUUGCGUGUGGGCUAUAUAUGUAAAGCUACCAUUUUUCCAGUACUUAUAACCUCCUUUACAGAGACCUAUUAAAUCGCUCCUAUUUGGUUUUUAAGAGAAUUCAGAUGUUGAGUUGCAUGCAUGAAGGUCUGAGUUUGCUUUGAUUGGCACACUUCCCUCCCACUCUGACCCAGUCCUACUUUAUAUGGAUUGUAUUUGUUUCCGUCUGUGGUAAGCAGCUGCCUUCUCAUCUGUUCCUACACAGAACGAAUCCAUCCGAACAGUCUCUCUUUCUCUGACCACUUUGUUUUAUGAAUGCUGUAAAUUGUUUUUAUGAAUGAAAAAUAAAAAGUUUGUUGUAUACUA